AUGAGGUUACGGAUGAGGACGCGGAAGAUUAGGAUGCGGUUCCUGUUAGUACCCCUACGGGGGUUCCUGUUCCAAGCCCCUUCGGGGCGUGUCUUGGGGGCUGCCCCCUCGGUUCCUGUUGCGGAGAAGGUGCAGGCCUCCUCGGGUCCUGUUGCCCCAGUUGUUCCGGAGGCGGUCUCUGGCCCCUCUGUUUCUCCCGUUGGGUCCUUUCAGACUGUCUCUGCAGUUUCUGGCCUCUCGCGUGUUGCUUCAUGUAGAAUUUUCACCCCUGAGCUUCGUAGGAAGUUUUUUUUGGGGUAUCGUGAUAUGUUGUGCCAGUGUACCGGGAAUGCUGCCUACGUUAUUUCGUAUAGAAACACUAUGGUGUGCGGGGUUUUCCCUGCAGACGAUCCGGAUGAGGUCCGUAUAACUUAUGAAAGUGGGGCGUUUUUGAUAGUGCAUGCAAAUCUUGUCCGUAUUUCCAAAGCGGAUACUAGUAAUGAGGUGUCUGAGGCUGAGUUUGCUAAGUUUAUUCUCACGAUUAAGGAUGACCCUUCCUAUCGGAUUCCCUUUAGGGGGUCUAUUGUAGAUAAUGUUGGGCCUACUGAGCACAGUAAUGUUUUGUGUGCGGUGUUUACGGACCAUACUGGGCCGCAGUCCCGGAGGCUGCCUGCGAAGGCUUUAAGUGUUAAGAAUAUCGCUCUUAAUAGUAAUAGCUCUGGUGCCAAUGUUAAUAGUAGUGUUAAUAACGUAAAUAAUGUAAAUGAGUCCUCCUCUACGGUUGAUGACGGUAUUGUCAAUGUUUCUCGAAACAGCUCUCGUUCUGUGGUCCCUACGGCUGCGGUGCUUGCCGCCGAGUUGCUUAAGCGUACUGCCCCCCCUUCUGUUGUGGGCGUCCCGAAAUGCAGAAAGAAAUUAUAG